GAAGAAGAAGAGCAUCAGUUUACUGGCUUUGUUUGUUCCGAGCUGCUGCCGAGCUUCAGACGGACCACAGAAACCAGCCCAACACGAACCGAACCAACUACGACAGCGAUGCCGUCCGACAGGCCGUUCAAACAGCGGAGGACGUUCGCUGAUCGGUGCAAAGAGGUCCAGCAGAUCCGGGAGCAGCACCCUAACAAGAUCCCCGUCAUCAUUGAGAGGUACAAGGGGGAGAAACAGCUGCCCGUUUUGGAUAAAACCAAGUUCCUGGUACCGGACCACGUCAACAUGAGCGAGCUGGUGAAGAUCAUCAGGCGCCGGCUGCAGCUCAACCCCACCCAGGCCUUCUUCCUGCUGGUCAACCAGCACAGCAUGGUGUCCGUGUCCACCCCCAUCUCCGAGAUCUACGAGCAGGAGCGGGACGAGGACGGCUUCCUCUACAUGGUCUAUGCCUCGCAGGAGACCUUCGGCUGCUAGGGAGGAGGGGGCGGGGCAUCUUCAGGUGUCUAGGGGUGGGGGGUAACGGGGAGGGACACCACAUAGGAAACCUUCAGUUCUCACCUGUUGAGGACUUCCUGUGUAGUUUCCCGCACACACGUCCAGUUCUUUUAUUUUGAAAGGACUCCAACCAACCAGUCGGUGUCGGCCGUCGUCCUAAACACUAAACAGGUUUGAGGAAGCUGAAGGCGGCGGCAGACGGUCUCCGACCCGACGUUUAAUAUUUCACAGGGUUCGACUCCUGCACGUUUACUUUUAGUUUACGGUCCGCUCAAACUUUCCAACCUGCAACGAUCUUCAGUACUUCAAACGUGCAAUACUUCCCCGUUCACAUCUGACUUCAUAUCACAUCUUCAUCAUCCCCCCCAUACACACACACACACCUGUAAGCACAACUGCUCAGUUUUGAAAGGCCAACCCGGUGAGUCCGGUUCUGCCUGGGAGGCUUUGGGCAGCUGGGUUUGACUCGUGCUGCUUUCACGGCCAGUCGGGGACGAUCGUGAUCCUCAGAGCUACAUAAAACUGGUGGUUCUGGUUGGUUUGGGGGGGUCACACCCUCACAGGAGGGUUUUUAUUUCUUUAUUUCUGUUUGAACACAAACGACUCUGAAGUGAUCCAGUUUUAAUCCGAGCCGGACUCAAGUGGUGCGGUGCGAUGGCGCCCCUCCUGGUCCGACGGCGCCGAGCGUUGCGUGUUUAAUUGUAGGAACUGAACGAGCUUCUUUUGCACAUUAAUUAAAAAUAAAAGUUGGCGUAGAUUGUUCUUGUUUAGAGACGACUGCAUCUUUAACACCUCAUGUUCUCUGCUCCUUUGUUCGCCUUUAACGAGAAUCUAGAAACAUCGUUCUGCACUACAAAUCUUGCAUGUUCUCACUUUUUUUACAUAUAAAUGUAUAUUGAUUUUAUGCUAUAAUAUAAAUGUAUGUUUGAACUUAGGAAACAGGCGUUUAGGGGUUUCCCAAACCAGAAACUGAACCCGUGUUUGUGUGAAGAAACCAUCACGGUCCGUUUGUUUUAGACUCCGAUGGUUUCAGACUGUAAAUAAACGCAUCACUGCAAACUUCAAGCAUUUGCCAAUAAACAAAUAAAAAGUUGCCUUCAAAAACUUCAA